AAUCCCCAUCGUUUUCUGCCGGGCCAUCCGAUCGGACUCAAACCCCGCAACCACCAUCCUCUCUCUCCAAGUACUAAGAAACCAAAAAGGCUGACAUCUGUCGUUUGGAAUCAUUUUGAAAGGGUUAGAAAGGCUGACAUCUGCUAUGCUGUUUGUGUGCAUUGUAACAAGAAACUUAGUGGAUCAAGUAACAGCGGAACCACUCAUCUGAGAAAUCACUUGAUGCGGUGUCUGAAAAGAUCAAACUUUGAUGUGUCUCAACUUCUUGCAGCAAAGAGAAGGAAAAAGGAUAACACCAUCAGCCUAGCAAACAUUAGUUUUGAUGAAGGUCAGAGGAAAGAAGAAUAUAUAAAACCAGCACUCAUCAAGUUUGAACAGGAGCAUAAGAAAGAUGAAAUCAUCAACUUUGGAAGUAGUAAAUUUGAUCAGGAGAGGAGUCAACUUGAUCUUGCACGCAUGAUCAUAUUACAUGGAUACCCAUUGACCUUGGUUGAACAAGUAGGAUUCAAGGUCUUUGUGAAGAACCUCCAGCCUCUCUUUGAGUUUCUGCCUAACAGUGCUGUGGAGAUUUCUUGUAUAGAAAUCUACAGGAGGGAGAAAGAGAAAGUGUAUGACAUGAUAAACAAACUACAUGGUAGGAUUAAUCUUUCUAUUGAAAUGUGGUCUUCAACUGAAAAUACUUCGUAUUUGUGUCUAUCUGCACAGUAUAUUGAUGAGGAAUGGACACUACAAAAGAAAAUCCUGAACUUUGUAACACUUGAUUCUUCACAUACUGAAGACUUACUUCCAGAAGUGAUUAUCAAAUGUCUCGGUGAAUGGGAUAUUGACUGCAAGCUUUUUGCCCUGACACUUGAUGAUUGUUCCAUUGAUGAUGACAUCACUCUUAGAAUCAAAGAACGAGUUUCUGAGAAAAGGCCCUUUUUAAGUACUCGACAAUUACUUGACAUACGUUCCGCUGCACAUCUUCUAAAUUCCAUUGUUCAAGAUGCCACGGAUGCUUUGCAUGAGGUGAUCCAAAAGAUUAGAGAGAGCGUCAGAUAUAUUAGAAGUUCACAAUUAGUGCAAGGAAAAUUUAAUGAAAGUACUCAACAUGCCGGGAUUAACUCUCAAAAGAUCUUAUUUCUUGACUUUCCAGUUCAUUGGAAGUCUACGUAUCUCAUGCUUGAGACUGCGCUAGAAUACAGGAGUGCUUUUUCUCUCUUCCAAGAACAUGAUCCCUCUUAUUCAUCAGCUCUAACUGAUGAAGAGUGGGAAUGGGCUGGUUCUGUUACUGGAUAUUUAAAACUUUUAGUUGAAAUUAUGAAUGUCUUUUCAGGCAACAAAUUUCCUACAGCUAAUAUAUAUUUCCCUGAGAUUUGUGAUGUCCAUAUUCAAUUAAUUGAUUGGUGCAGAAGUUCAGAUGAUUUUCUUAGUUCCAUGGCCUCAAAGAUGAAAGCCAAAUUUGAUAGGUACUGGAGCAAGUGCAGUUUGGCUUUAGCAGUAGCUGCUGUCCUAGAUCCUCGGUUCAAAAUGAAGUUGGUUGAGUACUACUACUCCCUGAUUUAUGGCAGUACUGCUUUGGAACGUAUUAAGGAAGUUUCUGAUGGUAUCAAAGAACUAUUUAAUGCAUAUUCGAUCUGUUCAACUAUGAUUGAUCAAGGCUCAGCCUUGCCUGGUAGCAGUUUACCUAGUACAAGUUGUGGUUCCAGAGAUAGACUAAAAGGCUUUGACAGAUUCCUUCAUGAGACAUCACAGAGUCAGUCCAUGACAUCAGACUUAGACAAGUAUUUAGAGGAACCAGUCUUUCCUCGUAAUUCUGAUUUUAACAUAUUGAACUGGUGGAAAGUCCACAUGCCAAGGUACCCAAUUUUGUCUAUGAUGGCACGUGAUGUUCUUGGAACUCCAAUGUCAACUUUGACACCAGAAUUGGCAUUUAGCACUGGGGGAAGAAUGCUCGAUUCUUCUCGUAGUUCACUAAACCCUGAUACACGAGAGGCUUUAAUAUGCACGCAAGAUUGGCUCCGAAAUGAAUCUGGAGAGCUAAAUCCAUCCCCAAUUCUUUCUGCUCUACCCCUUCUCAUCGAAUGAAGCUAAUAUUUCCUAGGUCUAAUUAAUGAAGCAUCCUUAGAAUUGUCAAGUGCGUCUUUGUUCCUUCCCCGCUAUUUGUUGCCUGGAAGUGAUCUAGCUUGCAAAUAUUCUGUGAAGAUGCAAUGUAUAUUCUUAGAACAACGAACUAGAUUCUCUUAUAUUUAUAGAACUCGUUUCCGUUAGAUGUUUAAUUGCACUAGCAUUCGGAUGAAUCUGAUUUUGUAUAGAGGGUUGCAUGCCCUUGAAAUCAAAAUCACUC